AUGCCUGCUGGCCGCCGGGGCAGGGCCGCACCGCCGGGUCAGUUGCCGUUGCUGGUCGCGCCGUCCGGAGGCCGCCAGAGCAGGCCCUCCUUCUUGGCUGCGAGGCGACAAGGGCGCCUUCGGCUCCUACUCGGCGAGUCCAGUGGUGGCUCCAGCAGCUCGCGUCUCCUUGCCGCGCUCUAUUUCGUGUUAUCAUUUGCAUCGUUCUUCAAAGUUGAAAAUUGUAGUCCACCACCAAUAUGUUGUAGUGCAACUGUUAAAGAUGCUGAUCGAGCUAUUCAACAAAAGAAUGGAUUUCCUGUUCCUGGUAGGAAAAUCAGAGUUAAGCUAGAAAUGAAUCAGUGCUCCACUGAAGGAACGUUUGCAAAAGAAGGAGAAUAUGCAAUGCAAGUGAAGGACUCCGAUUUAAAAGAUGAGGCAAACGAGACUUCUCCUGCUGGAAAGCAUAAGGGGAAAUCACAUAAAACAGAUCCAGAGCAACCACAUUUGUUGUCAAAGGAUGCUAUGGUAUCAAAGGAAGCUCCCAUUGGCGACCCCGAAAAGAGAGCUGAAGGUGUCCACGACGGCAGGUCGGCAGCUACAGGCGUGAAGGCGGCGCCGGCCGCUGGGGACCCGCAGAUGAAGCUCUAA